GCGGUCGCUAGGUGCCGGCCGGGGCGCAGAGCCGAGCAGGUGCCGGCGAUGGCGGCUCGCGCCCAGCCCCGCGGCCCCGCGCCCCGCCGCGCCCCCCCGGGCCGCCUCCUGCCGCUGCCGCCGCUGCUGCUGCUGCUUUCGGCCGCCGCCGUCAUCCCCAGAGGUGAUGGUCAGAAUUUGGUUACAGAAGAUGUGACGGUAGUGGAGGGAGAUGUUGCCACUAUCAGCUGUAGAGUCAAAAACAGCGAUGACUCAGUGAUUCAGCUCCUGAAUCCCAACAGACAAACGAUUUAUUUCCGAGAUUUCAGACCGCUGAAGGACAGCAGGUUUCAGCUGGUGAAUUUCUCCAACAGCGAACUCAGAGUGUCAUUGACAAACGUCUCUAUUUCUGAUGAAGGAAGGUACUUCUGCCAGCUCUACACUGAUCCCCCGCAGGAAAUUUACACCACUAUUACAGUGCUUGUACCACCACGCAAUUUGGUAAUUGAUAUCCAAAAAGAAAUUGCUGUUGAGGGAGAAGAGAUUGAGCUGAACUGCACUGCCAUGGCCAGCAGACCAGCCACCACAAUCAGAUGGUUCAAAGGAAACAAGGAGCUAACUGGCAAGUCUGAAGUGGAGCAGUGGUCUGAUAUGUACACAGUGACCAGCCAGCUUUUGCUGAAAGUGGGACGGGAGGACGAUGGAGUCCCAGUCAUCUGCUUGGUGGAUCACCCUGCUGUCAAAGACUUGCAGACACAACGUUACCUAGAAGUCAUGUAUAAGCCUCAAGUGCGGGUUUCUCAGAAUUACCCAGUGCAAGGCCUCACAAGAGAAGGGGAGCCACUCGAACUGACGUGUGCAGCUUUUGGAAAACCACAGCCUACGGACAUGAGGUGGUUAAGAGUAGAUGAUGAGAUGCCUCAACACGUUGUAGUGUCUGGUUCAAACCUUCUCAUUAGUAACCUAAACAAAACAGAUAAUGGUACAUACCGCUGUGAGGCUUCAAACGCGGUGGGGAAAUCACAUGCGGAUUACAUGCUGUUUGUAUACGAUCCCCCCACAACUAUCCCUCCUCCCACAACAACCACCACCACUACCACCACCAUCCCUACCACCAUCACAGAUUCUCGUGCAGGUGAGGAGGGGUCAAUAAGGAGCGUGGACCAUGCAGUCGUUGGCGGUGUUGUGGCCGUGGUCGUAUUUGCCAUGCUUUGCCUGCUCAUCAUUUUAGGGCGAUAUUUUGCAAGGCAUAAAGGUACAUACUUCACUCAUGAAGCCAAAGGAGCAGAUGAUGCAGCGGACGCAGACACAGCUAUCAUCAAUGCAGAAGGAGGACAAAACAACUCUGAAGAAAAGAAAGAGUACUUCAUCUAGAGCAGCCUUGGUUUCAAUGAGGUGUCCAACCGUGGACGGUUACUGGCCCUAUUUAAACGCUAAAGAGACAGUGAUAUUGGAAGUUGCAACCAGCUUGUGUCUUUUUUUUAAAGAAAAACGCAAAUGGGUGGAGAGUUGUGAGACUGGGAGGGUCCGGGAUUUGCUGUGUAAAAAUAUUCUUCGUAAAGUACACUCUGCUGUUUGACACCUCAGUUUGUUUGGGUUUUAUUUUUUUGGCCAAGUCCAGCUUGGAUUUAGUUUAGUGAAGUCAUUUGCAGAAGAUUCUGUGCCUUGUUUUAUUUCUGUUUGUUUGGGUUGGGGGGGAGGCUGGGAAGAAGAGGGGCUUCUGUGCGUUAGUUCUCUUCGGAUUUCUGUGGUUCUUUGUUUCCCCUUCUGUCCUCUGUUUCUGGAGUUGCCUGCUGGGACCCCUUGGAAUAGGUUGGUUUCUUUUUAAGGUAUUUUUCUUUCUUUUUAUCUUCACUGUUUUCUGUUUGGAACUCGGUCUCAUCGGAGGAGAACCAGCACAUUUUAGAUCUCAUAGUUUGCAAUUCAGUGUACCCAUAUUCCAUUUUCUCUAUUGUCGUAAAGGCUUGGAUAAACAAACAAUGAGAACCUGUUUGUGGCUGCCCAUGUUUCAAAUGCUUUAGAUGGUGGAGACUAGAAAAUAGCCUGCAACCCAGAAAACGCGCUGCCCGGCUGCAGAGCAGCGUGAGAGGGGGGUCCGCAUGCCAGAUGUGUCGCGGCGUGGCCCCAACCCGUGUGCCCGUGCCCAUGUCCCACUCCCAGCCAGGGCUCCUCCUGCUGCCCAGCUGGCUCCGGGGUGGCAGGAUCUGGCCUGCGGAGGGGCAGAGGUGGGAUUUCUGCUCGGAUUAUUUUUGUUGCAAACCGUUCUGUCACACUGUCCCGAUUGGCCUGACUUCUCCCUAAAUUGCUAGAAAAGGAAAAGCCCCCCUGGGGAGCAGAAGGCUGCAAACGAGCAGUUUUUGUAUUCUUUUCCCCUCCGUUUGCCUUGUGCCAGGGAAGGCAGUGAGGACCGGUGCUCAGGCGUGCGUUUGUCCUCUGGGACCUGCGAGCUCCCGGCCCCCAGCCUGGUCCAGGUGCAGGCGGCCAGGGCCGGGCUGUGCUGGCUGAUGUCCGGCUGCCUCCCACCCCUGCUCCUGCCUCAGAGCUGCCAGCCACGCACCCCUGUCCCUGUCCCUGUCCCUCCACGGCAGAAGCCGUGGGGCACAGCGACUGAAAACGCCUCACCUUCCGCAUGUGUUAGAUCCGAAACCUGGAGCAACUGGACAGGUACAACUGCCUUUUUUAUCAGAUAAGUAAAACGUGGGAAUUUGCAUUAAAAUUAGUGUGCUAACUGACUUAUAAAGCCAUAGGUAAAAAAGAAGAAUUUAGGUAAAUUAGAAUUGUGACAGAUAGCAAAUCACAAUGAGAAGACGGUUUAAAAUUAUAUAUGCUGACUUGUUUUUGGUGAGUAAUCUUGGAUUUUGAGAGAGACUUUUUUUUUACUGUGUUUAUGUGGAACAUG